AAAUAUUAUGAAUAGUAUAAAAAGGGUGCGUAGUAAUUCUUGCCCAGGCAGCAAAAAAGUUAAAGAAUUCAUUGGUCUUGGUGCUGAUUUGUUACCCUCUGAAUUACCAACCCUCAGAAAUGUUUUACAACUAAUGUUGUUAGAAAUGGAGUCCUUAGACACUAACCUUCAGUAUGUUUUAAAAGAGAUUGUUUACGAAGCUGCCAAAAAAUCAUCUUGUAAAAUUGUUGCACAGUAUAAAAAAGUAAAUAUCAAUAUUCAAAUUCAACCUAAUCACUAUAUAGUUCAGAGAAUUGAAAAAGAGUGGAAAAGAGUUACUCAAACUGUUUGGGGAAGAGUGAAAAGUUCUCAAAAGAAUAAGUUAUAUAAUGAAAUUGAUGUAUUGUUUGAUAUUCUUCGUUGCAAGCACAUUAUUAUAUGCAAGGAAGAUCCAACUUGUUCUGACCCUAAAUGUUCUCAUUCUGCUAUUUCUCCAACCUGUAAUUGUCCAUCCAAUUUAAAAAUUCCUAAAAUAGAGCUGAAGUUUAUCAAAGCUCAGAGAUUGAAAAUCGGAAUGAAAAGUGUUUACCAAAUACAUUGUAUAGAUAAAAAAGAAUACACUCGACUAGCGAAGCAAUGCAAAAGAAAAGAAAAACCUUUAAUUUCAAAAAAUUAGAGAAGAAAGUAGAGUUAAAUAAUUACAAGUUUUUUAAUGAAGAAAUAGAGGUAGAUGUCAUUGAGAAAGCGAAUGUAUCUUCUAACCAGUUUGUUGACACUGAAAUUGAUGACGGGAUAAAGGAAUCUGUCAUCAAUACAAAUCACUUUCCUCUUCUUGCUCAAACAGUUUUAAUAUACGGAACAAGUUAGAGAGAAGCUGCUGCUAUUUCUUCUGCAGUUCUUGUAGAUCUUGGCAUUGUUAAUAAAACAAAUGAUAAAUUGAUUAUUGACCACCAUAAAAUUCACAGGGAAACGAAAAAAGUAAUGGAAAAAGUCCAGAAAGAAGAUUUACAGUUGUAUCAGUCAGAAAAAAUAAAAGCAUUAUUUUUUGACAGUAGAAAGAAUUUAACUCUUAUUAAUAAUCAAGAUAAAACAACAUUAAAGUAUUAUUCUAAAACAAUAAAAAUGGACUUCUACACUGUCACUAGUGAACCAGGUGGAAAAUAUGUAUUCCAUUUCUCUCCUCUUAAGCCUGGCGUGGGCGAAAAACCUGCAUUAAUGAUAGCUAAACCUAUAGCAGAUUGGUGUAGAAAAUUUGAUAUUAACUUACAGUAUAUUGGAGCUGACUCUACAGCUACUAACACUGGAAGAUUAGGUGGGGCUAUAAGAAGAAUAGAGGAUCUUUUGAAUAAAAAAUUAACAUGGAUUAUAUGUAUGCUGCAUACUAAUGAGCUUCCGCUUAGGCAUCUUAUUGAGGAACUAGAUGGUAAAACAACUUCCAGUAAUGGGUUCAGCGGAGUUGUGGGUAAAUUAUUAAAUUGUGCUACACUACUUCCAGUAGCACAGGCAUUUCCAACAAUAACCAUUGGUAAAAGACCAGUUGAAUUAAGUAAAGAUGUGAUUGAUGAUCUUUCAACUGAUCAGCUCUAUGGUUAUAAAAUGGUUUUAGCUAUACGUUCAGGUAACAUACCUAUAGAUCUUAUAAAGAUGGAGUGUGGUCCUGUUAAUCACAGCAGAUGGUUGACAACUGCAAAUAGACUGAUGCGAAUUUGGGUAUCAGUUCAUGGUCUGUCUGGGCAAAACUUUAACAAUUUAAGUUGUUUAGUUGAAUAUGUUGUUGGUGUUUACUAUCCAAUGUGGUUUGAUAUAAAAGUGAGAUGGUCUUUUAUUGAGGGUCCAAGACAUGUGCUAGAAACCUUAAGAUUAGUAAAAAUGCAAAGCCAAGUUACUAGGGAUAUUGUUGAAAAAUAUAUCAUAUUAGGAGCCUGGUUUUCUCACAGUGAAGCUGUUCUAACCACUUUGCUUUGUAGCUCUAUAGUGGAAGAACGGAUUUUUGCAGUAGAUCGUAUUCUGCAGAUUAGAAGAGGUUUUGACAAAGGAGAAACAUCUGUCCGAGAAAGGACUCAUUCUUCUUUUUUAAACAUAGAUGCUAAGAAUCUUACUGAGUUAUGUUCUUGGACUCAUAAUGUAUUUGAGCCGAUUGUGAGCCGAUUUGAGCCGAACAUGUAGUUUUUCUACUGAGACAAUAGUUGAUUUUAAGGUGGAUCCCAUGGUUGUUGAUUCCAUACCAUGCCACACACAGAGUAUUGAGCGGGCUGUUAAACAAACAACAAGAGCUUGUGCUGCUGUCUAUGGACACGAUUCAAGAGAUGGUUUUAUUCGAGCAGGCUGCCAUCACCAUAAACUUUUACCUAAAAAUAAUACCAAAAAGAACCUAAAACAGAUGAUUAUAUAAUUUUCAUAUUUUUAAUAUGAGUGUAUAUAUUCUUUACUUAUUGGAUCUUCAAAAAUUUA